UUUAUCUUUAUAAACCAGGAAGAAGUAGCCUACUUGGAUAUUAAUGCUACACGAAAGUAGAAACGGUGCGAUUUUGUCUCCAGGACCAGUAAAAGGAAAUCAUUGAAAACUAGCCAAUCACAUAUGUCAAGGAGCCAAAAUGGUGAACUGCUGUGGAUUGGUAACUGUCAAGAAUGAACCAGUGCCUCUGAAGAGUAUUGCUGUGGAAGUGAGUGUGCAGGGGCAUGUGGCCACUGUGAGCUCCACUCUGCAGUAUGAGAACCAGGAGCAGAGCCCUCUGGAGGCCAUCUUUGUUUUCCCUCUGCCGGGAGAGGCUGCUGUCUGCAGGUUCAGCGCCAAGAUAGGACAGACUGAGGUGGUGGCUGAGGUUCAGGAGAAACAGAAGGCACAGGAGCAGUAUGAUGAUGCAUUGAGCUCGGGACAGCAGGCCUUCCUAUUGGAGGAGAGUGAUGAGAGCCCGGACGUGUUCAAGCUGAGUGUGGGAAGUCUGCCUCCAGGGGAGAAGGCCUCUGUCAGCCUGGACUAUGUGACAGAGCUGGCUGUACAGGCUGACGACGGCCUGAGGCUCUGCCUGCCCGCCGUGCUCAACCCCCGCUACCAACCCCAGGGGUCAGACAGUGGUAGUGGUGGCAGUGCCCAGGUGUCCUCGGUGCCCGCUGGUUCUGUCCCCUACAGUCUGUCCCUCAGUGCCCAUGUGUCGUCCCCUCAUCCCAUCUCUAGAGUAGAGUCCAACUGUCCCCUGGACCCACUCAACUACCUCAACACAGAGAAAACCCAAGCCACGGUCAGCCUGGCUGCAGGUCAUCAGUUUGACCGGGAUGUUGAGCUGUUGUUGUAUUACCAAGACACCCAUCAGCCUACUGCUAUAGUAGAGGCAGCACAGGCUUCUGCCAAGCCAGGCUCUCUGAUGGGUGACCCAGUGGUCAUGCUGAGCUUGUACCCAGAGUUCCCCAAGGAUGUGAUGUCAUCUAUGACCUCACACGGGGAGUUCCUGUUCGUAGUGGAUCGCUCUGGUAGCAUGGAAUGCCCCAUGCACCUUGGGUCUGGGUCACAGGACCGUAUUGGCAGUGCCAGGGAUACUCUGCUGCUCUUGCUGAAAAGCCUGCCUAUGGGCUGCUACUUCAACAUCAUCGGCUUUGGGUCCAGUUAUGAGUCCUUCUUUUCUAAGAGUGUGGAGUACAGCCAGAAGACUAUGGAUGAGGCUCUGCAGAAGGUGAAAGAAAUGAGGGCUGACCUGGGAGGUACAGAGAUCCUCCAGCCUUUAAAACAUAUCUACAGCCAGCCCUGCCUCCCCGACCAGCCCAGACAGCUCUUCUUGUUCACUGACGGUGAGGUGAGGAACACCAAGGAAGUUCUGGAUCUGGUGAAGACGAAUGCCGGUUCUCACAGGUGUUUCUCCUUUGGGAUCGGGAAGGGGGCCAGCACUGCUCUCAUUUCUGGGGUGGCCAAGCAGGCCAGAGGGCACGCACAGUUUAUCACAGGACAGGACAGGAUGCAGCCCAAAGUGAUGCAGUCUCUCCGGUUUGCCCUGCAGCCAGCUGUGGUGGACAUCUCAGUCAAGUGGAAUGUCCCAAAGGGGGUCUCUGUCACACCUCUGUCUCCACCAAUCAGAGUGGUCUUCCAGGGCCAAAGGGCACUUCUGUAUGCCCAGCUUACUGGGGAGAGCUCAGGGGACACAGAGGGCUCGGUGAUGGUGAAGUACAGCCUGGCCAAGCAGCCUGUUGAGAACCAGCUGAGCUUCAGUCUUAAGCCUGCAGAGGACGCUGGAAUGACCGUCCACAGGCUGGGUGCUCGAACCCUGAUCCAAUCCCUGGAGGUGGAAGAGGGAGAGCAGGAUGGGGAGAAGGAGGGAGUGAAAGAGAAGGUGAUAGAGCUCAGCAUCCAAUCAGGAGUGAGCAGUGCCUUUACUGCCUUCAUCGCUGUCCACAAAGGAGAUGGAGAGGCCCUGCAUGGACAGUUGCUACGCAGACAAGUCCCCACGCCGAAUUGGUAUUUAUGCAGUAGUGUACUUGAGCCCGAUAUGAAACUAUCUGAACUCGAUGACCGAGCUGAUCAGCUUAUGUGCUCUGCGUCAGAGUUUGAGGUCGGCACGAAGAGUAAGUGUAAGAUGCGUAAAAGAAACAGUAUGUCUGCUCAGAAGGCCAAAGGUUCGCUUGCAUCUAGGGUGAAGGGAUUCUUCUCUCAACAACUUGGAUUCUUCUCUCAACAAGACUUUGACUCUCCAGCCCCAACCUCUAAGCCUGUGAGGGACCCUCUCCUCCAGCUGAUCUCCCUUCAGAAGGCCUCUGGUUCCUGGGUCCUGGAGGCAGCGUUGGCUGAGGUGCUGGCGAAGACUGAGGAGGAGGUGUCCAAGCCAAAGCCUGCACAGGUGGACCAGGAUGUGUGGGCCACGGUUCUAGCCCUGGUAUGGCUCUAUGGUUUCAAGAUGGAGGCUCAGGAGGAGUGGCAGUUUCUGGCCAUGAAGGCAGUAUCAUGGAUCCAGGCUCAGAAAGUGGCCAGUGUGUCUGAGUGUGUCCAGGCUGGAAACACCCUUCUGGGUUGCCAAGUGCAGAAAGACACCCUGGGACUCUGAGAGGUUUACCCUGCCAGUCCUUUCUCUGUCCCCCACACGCCCGCUACUCUACCUGGGGUCAAAUACACACACAACCCUGCCUGCUCCUAGUCCCCUCCUCCAAGCAAACUGGUGGAGCUAGCAACUGUACUCGCCUGAGCAAGCCUAAUUAUCAACCUCUUACCUAUAUUAGCCUCUUGUCAUUUACUGUUGGGACACUUAUGUAUCUCAAUGUAUUGGUUGUUAUUAACAUAUCAACAUGAAUCUACGUGUUACAUAUACAGCUGUACUUGUUAGACUUUGCUUUGGUUAUCACUUCCAUAUAGACUACUGGAACCAAUGUGUAUGCAGUACUUGUCAUCACUAACCAAAAUGAUAGCCUUAUGCUUGCUCCAAAUGCUUGGUAAAAUGCCUUCCCACUGGGCACAGUUGUCAAUUCAACGUCUAUUCCACCUUGGUUCAAUGUAAUUUUAUUGAAAUAACGUGGACACAACGUUUAUGCAACCAGUGUGUGCCCAGUGGGUUAUUAUUGUAUUAUUGUAUGUAUCCAUUAUCCAUGUAUAUGGGGCCAAAUGCAUGCAGGAAGGAGGUGUGGACAAUACAGAAAGCUAGAUCAGUGCCUUUACUGUUUGAUCAUGUAGCACUGUCUCUCUAUAUUCAUGUAAUUCCUCAUAUAUGACUGCACUUGAUUAAAAUCUAUCACAAUCUACAUCUUAA